UGUAAAAGGUGGAUUUAGUUUGCUAUAGAACUACAAGCCUUGAUUUCAUCAUGAAGACUGGCAUCAUAGCUAUUGCGAUAUUUUGCGCAUGUUCUGCAUUUAAAUUCGAUGUGCAUCCCGACAUUGCAAAGUCGUGGGCUGAAAUGGCAACUCCUUAUAUGGAAGAAUGUUCUGUUGAAACCAAUGUGAACAUAAAGGCAGGAUACGCAGGAAUUUUAAGUAUGAAUUUCCCCGACACCCACGAAUACCACUGUCUUGGUGAAUGUGUAUCUCGACGAUGGGGUUUCUACGACCAAGAGACAAAAGCAUUUGAUUAUCAGAGAAUCGAAGAUCACAUAGUAGGAUUUUCGAAGGAGGUUACUAAGGAGUGCGUCCAGGAAUACAAUCAUAUUGAGGAUGACUGCGAAAAGGUUUUUUCUGUCAUAAACUGUGUCGCUGGCAAGAUUUCUAAGCACUAUUAAUAACAACAUCCUUGCUGUUGGUCAUUUAUAAAAUG